CCGCCAGAGAGAGAGAGAGAGAGAGUCCGAAGCAAACGCUUCCGAGUUUUUUUGACGGAAAUCUCGGAGACGCCAUUGCCGGUUCGCUGCAGGUUUGCAUGCUUUCUUGAAAAUAACAUUACAACCACGACUGGAGACGGAACACGUUAGGGUUGGAAAGAAUGGAAACAUUUACGUCUCCCUUUUGGCCAUCUUUUUGUCAGUCACGUAUAAUCGUUCCUUUCUGUGAUAAUCGCCAUUAUGUCAUUGCUGUCACCAUCAUACCAAUAUUGCGUAUUAUUGAUAAUCAAAUAAAUUUGAAUAGGCAUCAUAAUUUUCUUUGACUAGAAUUAUUAAUUCCUUCUCAUAACAUGGAUUGAUAAAUCCAAACCAAACAAGAAAUGUAGUAGUUCUCUGCCUCUCAUUGUUGCAGGAGCAAGUGAAAUGCAAAGCCUGAGGACCCCUUUUCGUGGGGUUGUCUCCGAUCUCCGGGGAAGAGCCUUGUGUUACAAGCAAGACUGGUCCUCCGGUCUCCGUUCUGGAUCCGGAAUUUUAGCUCCUACCACUUACAUAUUCUUCGCCUCUGCACUUCCUGUCAUCGCCUUUGGGGAGCAACUCAGCCGUGACACGGAUGGAGCUUUGAGCACGGUUGAAACAUUAGCAUCAACGGCGAUAUGUGGAAUUAUUCACUCGAUAUUGGGAGGGCAACCUCUUCUGAUACUGGGAGUUGCUGAACCAACAGUGAUAAUGUACAUUUACUUGUACGACUUUGCCAAAGGGAGAGAGGGUUUGGGGAAAGAACUGUACUUGGCUUGGACUGGAUGGGUUUGUGUUUGGACAGCUCUAUUGCUGUUUCUUAUGGCGAUGUUCAAUGCAGCUGAUAUCAUAAAUCGGUUCACCAGGAUUGCUGGGGAGCUUUUUGGUAUGUUGAUCUCUGUUCUCUUCAUUCAACAAGCCGUCAAGGGUAUGGUUACUGAAUUUGAGAUGCCAAAAGACCAAGACCCGAAAUUGGAGAAGUAUCAGUUCCAGUGGCUUUACACGAAUGGACUUCUUGGCGUCAUUUUCACCUUUGGGCUUCUUUACACCGCCUUGAAGAGCAGAAAGGCAAGGUCUUGGAGAUAUGGAACAGGAUGGUUUAGAAGCUUCAUUGCGGACUACGGUGUUCCCUUGAUGGUUGUGCUUUGGACAGCGUUGUCUUUCAGUACAUCUGGGAAGGUUCCAUCUGGCGUUCCCAGAAGACUCUUCAGCCCUCUUCCAUGGGAGCCUUCGUCUUUAGGCCACUGGUCUGUUGUGAAGGAUAUGGUGAAAGUGUCGCCAUUGUACAUUUUAGCAGCGUUUGUUCCAGCGGUUAUGAUUGCAGGGCUCUACUUCUUUGACCAUAGCGUGGCUUCACAGCUUGCUCAGCAGAAGGAGUUCAACCUCAAGAAUCCCUCAGCUUACCACUACGACAUUCUCUUGUUGGGGUUUAUGACACUGGUCUGUGGAUUGGUGGGGUUGCCUCCUUCCAAUGGAGUCCUCCCUCAGUCUCCCAUGCAUACCAAAAGCCUUGCUGUUCUCAAAAGACAGUUAAUCCGGAGGAAGAUGGUGGAGACUGCCAAAGAAAGCAUACGGAAGAAUGAGAGCAACUCUGAGGUGUAUGGAAAAAUGCAAGAAGUCUUCAUUGAAAUGGACAAGAGCCCACUCUCUCAGACUAACACGGUGAUAAGAGAGCUGCAAGAUCUGAAAGAUGCAGUAAUGAAGAUUGAGGAAAACAGAGACAACACAGGAAGUGGGUUUGAUCCAGAGCAGCACUUGGACGCUUACUUGCCAGUUCGUGUCAACGAGCAGAGGUUGAGUAACCUCUUGCAAUCACUGCUCGUAGCUGCGACUGUAAUGGCAACACCAGCGAUCAAGCUGAUACCCACCUCUGUCCUGUGGGGAUACUUUGCAUACAUGGCCAUCGAUAGCCUUCCUGGCAAUCAGUUCUGGGAACGCACAUUGCUUCUCUUCGUAGCUCCGAGCCGUAGAUACAAGAUACUGGAAGGAGCUCAUGCUUCGUAUGUGGAGAAAGUGCCGUGCAAGAGCAUAGGGGCAUUCACGCUCCUGCAGAUAGUGUACUUUGCCAUCUGCUACGGGAUCACGUGGAUUCCGGUGGCCGGAAUCUUGUUUCCGGUGCCCUUCUUUGUCCUCAUAGCAAUCAGACAGUACAUUCUCCCGAAGAUCUUCCAACAAUCGCAUCUGCGUGAACUGGAUGCAGCUGAGUACGAGGAAAUCCCCGGCACUCCGAGAAACCCCCUCGAGAUGUCUUUCCGGGCGAAUGAGUCACCAAGAGGCAUAGAAGCUUGUGAUGCGGAGAUACUAGACGAGCUAACGACGAACAGAGGAGAGCUGAAGCUACGUACGAUCAGUUCCAGCGAGGACCGAGGGAAUCAGAUACAUCCGAGGGACAUGAUGGAUGCAGAUGAGGACAGAGACUCGAGAGAGUGAACAUACAAAAUAUGAUUGUUCUUUGGGAAUCUUGCAAACCCAUGUUGUAUCUGGGAAUCUAGAAUGGAUUAGCAGAGGCAUAUAAAUCUCUGCUGUCGAGAUGUAGACACUGUUCGAAAGGAAUCAUAAAGCAACCCACUUUAGUGUGUUAACAGAUCAAACGUAAACAACAUGCCCUUCAAGGGAAAACCAAAGUGACAAUAACAUCGGAAUCUGUAAAGGGCAAA